GGCAUGAGAAGCCUGGUGAAAACAUCCUCUGCAGCUUGCGUCUCCUACAUGUCCAUUGAGUUCUUCUCUCUAGAGACCUUGUAAAAAGCCAAAUCAAGAAACAAGGAAGAAGAAGAAGGCAAAGAGGAAUCGGAAGCAGCUUGAGAAGAUGAACCAGUUGGAGUGGACAAUGAGUUCACUUCCUGAAGAUAUUGCCCUCAAGAUUGCGUCUCUUCUUCAGGUCUCUGAUUUGUGCUCGCUGGGAAGUUGCUCUCGGUUCUGGAGGGAAUUCUGCGCCUCGGAUUCCAUAUGGAUCUUUCUGUUCAGAGAGAGAUGGCCUUCCAUGGUUUUCUCGACAGCCCCUGUCUUAAAUUUCAACGAUCGAAGCUCUGCCGGAGCUGGCGAACAAUUCUCAUCCACCAAGGGAUGGAGGGCUUUCUACAUCAACAGGCACAUUGAGAUGGCGAAUAGAGACGCCAUUAUAGCUAAGUUUGUCAAACAAUGCUCCCCAUCUGAGUCACUUGAGGUUGGAGACUAUCUUAAAGUCAUUGAAGAUCUCUGUUCAAUUGGGAUGGGAUUCAGAGAUGUCCAGAUGUUUCUGUUUGCUUCAAAACACAAUGUCUUGCUUAACCUGAUUGGUUUACACUAUUCCAUAUGUUCGCUUGGAGUUCCGGCUGAUUAUGUUGUUGAAGCCCUGUGGAACUGCCAGAUAUCAGAACGACAAGUGUGCGUGAGAUGGUGGAAGCUUGGUAGGUGGAUUCAUGGUUUCCGCCUGCGUGAUGAGUCCCACACUCGAAUGAUCUCUUUGGGGGAUCUUGCAAUGGCCAAAGAGGGGGAGGUUUUUGGGGUGCUUCACCGUGGAGCCAUCCAUGAGGUCUUGCGCGUCCAGAUCUCAGUUCCUGCCCAUACACACACUCGAUGGACUUUCUGAAGCCUGCAGAUGGUUGGAAGAUGGAUACUGUAAUGCUCCUUAUGCACAUGUAAAUAUUAUUAGUGCCAUGUAUAUAUGUAUAUCAGUAUUUAUUCUUUUAAACAUAUGUAUAGGUAUUGUAUGCCAGCACCCCUGGAAUGUAUUUUUAAACUUGUCUAAAUACUUUGUUUUUAUAAUCUUGCAAUGCAUUGAUUGAAUGUCAGGAAUGUGAAGUGCUAAGGAUUGAUCAGAA